AUGCCUCGGGACCUCGGAUUUAGCUUGCUUCGGUCUGCAAAGGGACGAAUCUUCCCCUUUGAGCGCUGCCCCGCUCCCAAGAACCUCGGCAGGACCUGCUCAGCAUCUGGGGGCCGCCGGGAAGCCCAGCCCGGACGCCUUUCCACCACCUCAGAAGGGUGGGCCGUGAGGUUGGCCGAGCGAGCAGGAUUUUUUGGCACCGUGCGACGCACCUCCGAACAUCAAAGCAAAGGCAAAGGCUGCGCUGGCCACAUGCUUCGGAAGCACAUGCGUACGAGCAGGGGCAGAUUUGGGCUGAAGAGGAUCAUAAUAAAAGGAGGCCAUCCUCCUUCCCAUCCUCCUUCCACCUGUCACUCCCUGUUUUGUCUGCUCGAGACCUCUUCUGAAGUUGCUUGUGUCCACCGACACGGCCCUUCCCGACAGCAGUGGAGAAUCGCAGUUUACGCUGUAGCAAGGACCUGUUUGCACUGGGCCUGUAAGCGGAACCAUGCUCAAGUGGUCUCUUGCCUGUUGGACGCUGGUGCAGAUAAACACAUCCUCACCGCUAAAGGAGAGCUGGCUGCAGAGUUAACUUCGAAACCAGACAUCCGCAAGAUUUUGGGAGAGGAAGAAACUGAAUGUCAAGGAGUGAAGGAUUUAAAUUUGCCAAUUGUUGCAAACUACUUGGCCAACCCACCAUUCCCUUACGUUUACACUGAAGAAGGCAUUCCAGACGGCUUGGCCGAGUCCCAGAAUGAAAGUGCUUCCACCUCUUCUGCUUCCCAGUGUGAAACUAGUCCUUGUUCAUCAGCAACUCAGGUUGAAAGCAUAUGCACACCUACGUCGUGCAACAGCGAAGAUGAUUUUCCUGCACUAGACACUGCGGAACAGCUGCCCACCCCAUCAGCAGCCAUCACAGCAGCAGAACACACCGAGCCCGAGGUACCCAACGGCCCCGCUUGCCGGCCGUCCCCGCCUCGCAGCCGAGGCCUCUUCUCUCCGGUAGCAUCCACACAGGCUGCACCUCUGCAAACUGACAGUUCACCAACUGGUCCCGCACCAGCCUUUCAGCCCUUUUUCUUUACCGGAACUUUCCCAUAUAGCAUGCAAGAACUUGUGCUUAAGGUGAGAGUCCAGAACCUGAGAGACAAUGACUUCAUUGAAAUUGAACUGGACAGACAAGAACUGACCUACCAAGAUCUGCUCCGAGUGAGUUGCUGUGAACUGGGCGUUAAUCCAGAACAAGUAGAGAAGAUCAGAAAAUUACCUAAUACACUAGUAAGAAAGGACAAGGAUGUUGCCAGGCUUCAGGACUUCCAGGAGCUGGAGUUAGUUCUUGUGAAAGCCGACAGCUCUCCUUUCCGAAACACUGCAUCGACUUUGACUGAGAGACCAUGCUACAACAGCAGAGCAUCAAAGCUGACGUACUGACUCUGCUGGGUGCACCUGGAGUAUGAAAACCUGGUAAUUACACGCUGCUGCCUUUUGAAGGCAGUGACUUAAGCGUGUGUAAAAACCUUAAGUUAUUGUUAGGGUUACUAUUUUAACUAAUAGUUUAUCUUUUAUAUUUAAUAACCCCUUUGCUUUCAUUUUUUUUACUUGAUACUGUAUUCAGAUAAGGGAUACCUCAUUUGUCUACUAAAAUCACAUGCUUCCAAUGUAUGUCAAUUAAAUCUGUUGGUUGUAUUUGGCAACAGAGGGCAGGAAAGACUUAAUUAUCAAGAUGAAAAGUAUGUCGAGUGCUCCCACUCUUUGACCAAGUAAGAAUCAUGGAAAAGAGAUUCAGGAAAUGGUGUGUCUGUGCAUUUAUAUGUAUGUAUUUUUUUUUAAACUUCCUGAUUGAGUUAAAUGUCAGAGGGUAUUUGGCAUACAAUGAACAGUUGCUCUCUAAAAAUGUAGGACUUGCAAGUCCUUCAUCUCUCACCCCUUCACAAACACUUAGCAAGAUGCAUUGUCUUGCCUGCUGGGGACGGAGAUAUUUAAGGCUCUGAAGAAUUUCACUGGGAUGAGUGGAGUAACAGUGUCGAUAUUUAAAUGUUUGUUUCUUUCCUAUAUGAAUAUAUUGUAACUAACUUAAGUGAUGGCGUCCCUCUGCCUCCACAAAAAGAAAUAUGGAAGCCUCUCUUAAUUAAGGAGCAUUUAAGUCACAAAGCAGGUUAAUGUGCCCUUCUCUUUCAGGAGCUCAGGAGGGGAUCACAAAUCUGUGCCCAUGCUUUUAUUUAUUAAUAAUUUUCCUAACGAUGCAAGGGGUCGAUGCAUUACUCCCACUGGAAGUCAGGACUGUUAGAUCAGGUAACUUCCUUACGGCCCACCCUCUCAGAGCAGUUACAAGGUGUGGGGUUGGUCUCUGCUGUGGGAGGAGAAGCACAACAGUAUAUUCCUGAGGUAUCGCAACUGUAAGGAGCACACCACGGUUGUGAUCAGCCGCACUAAACUGGAAACAUACACUGCUAGCAAAUAACUAACCGGUACCUCUACACGUGGCACAGUCUACUGUCACUUUUACAGCGUCCAAAGUCUUAGCCAGAUGAGUACUAAAAGGGUUGAAUGCCUCCAGGUGCUUUCAGCUGAACUUUUUUUGGGGACCCCUCCCCACCCUAAUUCUGGUUAAGCUACAGACUGCUUAACUUGCAUUUAAGCAAGUCAUUAAUGAAAACAUCCACCUGGGGUGUUAUGAAAGGCAAAAGUCAUCAUUAAAACACACCUUUAAGUCCAAACAAAGUAUUUAAGUCGCAGCGUUGCUGGAACAUUAACAGCCAGCAGCUUUUCCUGUUAACGUGGUAGUCUGCAAAGUUGUACCUUGGGAGGCUUUUUGUUUUCUUUUGUACCAAAAACAACGAUGAUGACCUUUGCACCAAAAACCUUAAUUGGGUACAGGGGUGGGUGGAGGGGUGAGGGAGUUGGGUUUUUUUUCUGGACAUGAGCUGCUUGCCCCCCCUCCCCCCCCCAUAGUACUGAUUUCCAUUCCAUCUCUGCUUUAUGACGCUGCACUAGAGCAGAGUUUAUGCACAGCUGAUGCAGCGUUUGUUGUUGUUGAUCUGGAUUGUAAUGUUGCCAUUCAGACCAUAAAUAGUACAAUCAACGUGUUCUGGUAGGAGCAGCAUGGCUGCCUCCUGUCCUUGCUUCCUGCAGCACAGCUGCUUUAUCCUGGAAGUGGCUCCUCCAAGUGAGGUUAGUAAACGCAUGCAUGUCAGAAGAACAUAGAAACCCCUUCUGCCACAGAAGAGAUGCUUGACUCAAGAGUUCAGGAUUUUACCAAGUUACUCCAGGCUUAAAAUUCUCCCUUAGUGCAUUCAAAACCAUUCAUCCUUUCCCACUUGGUCUAUAUCCAUCUUAUCACUUAAACUCUGCUAAUGCCCUGCUCUCAAUCCUCGCCCUUCUCUCUCCAGGAGCUGGGCUACUUUAAAGCCUGAUUCAACUCCUGGUAAGCUCAAGACUGUGACACAGCAUGAAGCAAAAUUUCCUAACUGUGGCUCCGGCUUUGUUUUUAUUGUAGGAUGGGAAAGGAGUUUUUAUUUUAACAAUUGCGUAUUUAUCUUUUCAGCAUAGCUUGGAGGCUAGUUCAGAUUAUGUGCAAUAACUGUUUGAAAAACAGGAGUAGUUAAAUGGCUCAAAAUUAAGAGUACCUAAUUUCUUUUCAGGUCCUUUGUUUAGGAAAUCAGUGUAAAGACUGCCUCCACUAACUACUGACCAUUCAGCUAUAGGAGCAGCUGGUUUUAAAAAGCUUUAUUUGCUCUAGUUUCCACAAAGAAUAACUGUUAAUGUGAUAAGACUAAAACUUUAAUCAUGAUCUGACUGUAAUAAUAACAGUAAGUCUAUGCAUUCAGAGAAAUAUUUUUGUAUGUUUUAUGCAGUUUGAUAAACUCUAAGGCACACUAGUUAUGUUA